CAAGACCCUACCUACGAUCUCUUCUUCAUUUCUAGAGGAUUAAUAGGGUGAAGAAAUGUCAUCUCUAAGCAGAGAGCUAGUGUUUUUAAUACUUCAAUUUCUAGAUGAAGAGAAGUUUAAAGACUCUGUUCAUAGGUUGGAGCAUGAGUCAGGUUUUUUCUUCAAUAUGCGUUAUUUUGAAGAAAUGGUGAUGAACGGUAAAUGGGAUGAUGUGGAAAAAUAUCUCUCUGGAUUUACAAAGGUUGAGGACAAUCGAUACUCAAUGAAAAUCUUUUUUGAGAUACGGAAGCAGAAGUACUUGGAAGCGUUAGACAAGAAGGAUCGUGCUAAAGGCGUUGAAAUUCUAGUGAAGGACUUGAAAGUGUUUUCCGCUUUUAAUGAAGAUCUUUUUAAAGAAAUAACUCAGCUUUUGACUCUAGAGAACUUCAGGGACAAUGAACAAUUAUCAAAAUAUGGAGACACCAAUUCUGCUAGGGGUAUAAUGUUGGGCGAGCUUAAGAAAUUGAUUGAGGCAAAUCCUUUGUUUCGUGAUAAGUUAAAUUUUCCGAGCUUGAAGAAUUCAAGACUUCGAACACUUGUUAACCAAAGUCUGAACUGGCAACACCAGCUUUGUAAAAACCCGAAGCCGAACCCGGACAUAAAAACGCUUUUCAUUGAUCAUUCUUGUGGACAGUCACAGUCGAAUGGUGCGCGAGCCCCGUCUCUUGUAACUAACCCAUUAAUGGGUUCUGUACCGAAGCCUCCAGGAUUUCCGCUUCUUGGUGCUCAUGGUCCUUUUCAGUCUGCACCCCCACCUAUGCCAUUAACUCUUGCUGGUUGGAUGGGAAAUCCGACCGCAAUGCCUCAUCUAUCGUCUACUGCUGGUCCUAUUGAUUUCGCUCAACCUAAUAAUGCUGCUUUGCUAAAGCCACCUUGGACUCCUCCAACCAAUAAUCCAGCUCUAGACUAUCAAACAGCUGACUCUGAACAUGUGUUGAAGAGAACGAGGACAUUUGGCAUAUCUGAUGAAGUGAAUCACAUGCCUGUUAAUAUGUUACCUGUUGGUUAUAUGGGUCAAAGUCAUGGUCAAAGCUCGUACUCAUCUGAUGAUUUGCCUAAGACUGUAUGGACGACCGUAAGUCAGGGAUCAACAGUCAAAAGUAUGGAUUUCCACCCACUUCAGCAAGUUCUGCUUCUCGCUGGAUUGAGCAAUGGAGAUAUCAUGAUAUGGGAGCUCGGUAGCAGGGAGAAAAUUGCUCACAAGAAUUUUAAGGUCUGGGAUCUUAGUGCUUGUUCAAUGCCUUUGCAGGCAUCUUUGGCCAACAACAAUACCGCAUCAAUUAAUCGUGUAACAUGGAGUCCUGAUGGAACAUUGUUUGGUGUUGCAUACUCAAAGCACAUUGUGCAGAUAUACUCUUAUCACGGGGGUGAUGAUCUUCGAAACCACUUAGAGAUUGAGGCUCAUGUUGGCAGUGUUAAUGACAUUGCUUUCUCUUAUCCAAACAAACAACUCUGCAUUGUGACAUGCGGAGAGGAUAGAUCGAUAAAGGUGUGGGAUGCAGUAACAGGCACAAAACAGUAUAGGUUUGAGGGUCAUGAUGCCCCUGUUUAUUCUGUUUGUCCACAUUUUAAAGAAAAUAUCCAGUUUAUCUUCUCAGCAGCAACUGAUGGGAAAAUAAAGGCAUGGCUGUAUGAUAACAUGGGUUCAAGAGUGGACUAUGAUGCACCGGGUCAUUCACCCACCACUAUGGCUUAUAGCGCCGAUGGAACAAGGUUGUUCUCAUGUGGAACAAAUAAAGAAGGAGAUUCAUACCUUGUUGAAUGGAAUGAAAGUGAAGGAGCAGUGAAACGCACAUAUAAUGGGCUUGGAAAACGAUCUGUUGAUUUUGUGCAGUUUGAUACUACCAAGAACCGUUUUCUAGCUACAGGUGAUGAGUUUUUGAUCAAAUUUUGGGAUGUGGACAAUGUUAACUUAUUGACAACUACUGAUGCUGAUGGUGGUUUGCCGGCUUCUCCUUGUAUAAGAUUCAACAAAGAAGGGACUCUGAUGGCUGUUUCAACAAAUGAAAAUGGCAUAAAAAUUCUUGCUAACCAGGAUGGAAUUAGGUUACUAAGAACUAUGGAGAAUCGGCCUUUUGACGCUUCUAGGAUUGCAUCCGCAUCUGCUGUGAAGACCCCCAUGAUGUGCAUGUUUGGUGCUGCUAAUACACCCGUGGGAUCAAGUAUCAUGGAUAGAGUUACACCAAUGCCCUCUAUGGUGGUGAUGAAUGCUGAAAAUCGGACCCCAAUAGAUGUAAAACAGAGAAUUACAGAUGAAUCUGUGGAAAAAUCUAGAGUAUGGGAGUUAACGGAAAUCACAAACCCAGCACAGUGCCGCUUCUUAAGGCUUCCUGACAAGACAGCUUCAUCAAUACGGAUUUCAAGUUUAGUAUACACAAAUUCUGGAUCUGCCAUAUUAGCGCUAGAGGCCAAUGCUGUUCAUAAAUUAUGGAAAUGGCAACGAAAUGAUCUUAAUUCAACUGCGAAGGCUACUGCUAAAUUUAAACCUCGGCUAUGGCAACCAACAAGUGGUAUACUAAUGACCAAUGAUAUCAGUGAUACAAGACCUGAAGAUUCCAUUUCGUGCUUUGCAUUGUCAAAGAAUGACUCCUACAUUAUGUCUGCCUCAGGCGGGAAGAUCUCUUUGUUUAAUAUGAUGUCGUUUAAGACUAUGACUACAUUCAUGUCCCCACCUCCUGCAGCAACCUUUUUGGCAUUCCAUCCACAAGAUAACAACGUUAUUGCGAUAGGCAUGGAGGAUUCUUCUAUCCAAAUAUAUAAUGUUCGAGUAGAUAAGCUCAAAACAAAGCUUUUGGGUCAUCAUAAACGGAUUACAGGUCUGGCCUUCUCUAAUGUACUGAACGUUCUAGUAUCUUCAGGGGCUGAUUCUCAGCUCUGUGUUUGGAACACAAAUGGAUGGGAAAAGCAAACAAGUAAACAGUUGCAAAUCCCAGCAGGACGUGUGUCCUCUCUCCUUGCUGAUACCCGUGUGCAGUUUCACCAGGAUAAGACACAUUUGCUUGCCAUCCAUGAGACUCAGAUAGCUGUUUAUGAAGCACCUAAUCUGGAAUCCCCAAAACAGUGGUUUCCUCCAGAGGCAAGUGGCUUGAUCACCCAUGCUACUUAUUCGUGUGAUGGCCAAUUGAUAUUUGUUGCUUUUAAAGAAGGAAGUGUUGGUAUUCUUACUGGAUCAACACUCAGGUUACAAUGCCGGAUCAGUUUAUCUGCAUAUUUGCCAAUCACACAUCCAGGGGUGGAACUAUUUGUCAUUGCCGCACAUCCAUUUGAACCUGAUCAGUUUGCAUUGGGACUUAGUGAUGGUGGUGUUUGUGUUUUCGAGCCAUCAGAGUCAGAAGGGAAAUGGGGCACGUCACCUCCACUAGAAAAUGAUGCUGGACCAAGCAGUGCAGCUGCUGGUUCGGCAACCACAAAUGAUCAAGCCCUGAAGUAAACUGAUCAUGGAAAUAUGCAAAAGUAGGUACAGUAGUGUAGAGGAUAGUCCAGUUUAAGUUAGUGAGGUGCAACGUUAACACAAUUAUUAAAACGAAUAUCUAAUACAUGAAGAUUCAGCUGUAGGAAGAGUUUUUCUUCAUCUUGUAAAUUUUGUGAACCCGCAAAAA